AUGGCAGCUCCAAAUCGAUUGAUUGUCUUAUCCAAUCUCAUUGCCGAGAAGACGAAAGUCAUCUCGGAUUUCCUAGCCUCCAAGGGACUGGAGCCUCCCUCUUUCGAUGUCGAUGGGCUAGCUGACUAUGCAAUUUCGGCUGACGACAAAGAGGCCUAUGAGGCUCGCCUGGAGUUGAUUGCAGCGUCAAAAGAGCUCUAUGCCCUUUCCCACGGCCCAAAGGAUCAUAUUCGCAACCUUUGCUGGGAUGCCAUGGAUCCAUUGUCGCUACAUGCCAUUUGGACCUUCAGGGUGCCACAGGCGGUGCCACUCACUGGCACAAUAUCUUACGAAGACCUAGCUAAGAAGUGCCACCAAUUGAGUGGAAUUUUCGUACCACUCUUCACCUUCCGACGGAUCGUCCGCCACGCUAUCACUAACCGCUUCUUCUGGGAGCCGGAACUGGGAUUCGUUGCGCACAACCGGGCAUCCCGAGUGCUUCUCGAGGAGGAAACCUUGGAUGCUGGGUGGCCCGGGAGUGGGGAGCCGAAUGAGACUGGUAUCAACGUCGCCUAUAACCAUAAUCUCAACUGGUUCGAUCACACCUCUCGCAAUGACGUUGUCGCCGACAGAUAUAGCAAAAGUAUGAAAGCACACGGUGGCGGUGUGGGAUUUGAUGUCUCGCACACGGUGUCCGGUUACCCAUGGGGAGAUAUUGGUGAGGGAACGGUCGUUGACUGUGGCGGCAGUGGAGGCUUUGCCUCGAUGGCGAUUGCGGAGGCACACCCCAAGCUGAACUUUGUAGUUCAGGAUCAAGAGCAUACAAUCACGGAAGAGACCAAGGCUGCAGUGCCGCAACAUCUCAAGUCCCGAGUUAAGCUUGAAGUACAUGACCUGUUGAAACCACAGACUGUAGUAGCAGAUGUCUACUUUUUCCGCUGGGUCUUUCAUGGCUUUGCUGAAAAGUAUGCUGUCCAGGUGUUGCGGGCUUUGAUUCCGGUGCUUAAGAAAGGAGCCAAGGUUGUCAUCAACGACGGCGUGAUCCCCGAGCCCGGUACUGUCCCAUGGAUGGAAUAUCGAAGCAUUAGAUGCAUGGACCUUUUGGGACAGGCAGUGAACAAUACCGGGGAAAGGGCCUUGGAUGACUGGAUAGGUCUAUUCAAAGUGGCCGAUUCUCGAUUCAAGUUCCUGAAUGCCUGGAAGCCCCCGAAGAGCACAAUUUGGUUCGUUGAAGCCGAGUGGCAGCCAUAA